AUGGAGGAAGUCGAUUCUAUCAUCAUUCACUUCUUACGGCAGUUAAAUAUAAAAAUCAGUCACGAUGUUAAAAACAUAUGCGAUAUACCAGUGGAAACUAUAAUUGAAGCAGCUGCACAAUGUAUUGCAACUAUUAAUCCGAAUUUAAAAGUACCAAUGAAGUUACCACCAGGUGUUUCGCAGAGAAUUGGAGUAGCAACGCAGAUUGCUUCUUGUUGCAAGGAUAUUGGAUAUAAAAAUGAUGUUGGCUAUCAAACAUUUCUAUACUACAAUGAGUCUGAGUUGCGACAAGUGUUUAUGUUCUUAAUUGAAAAACUACCAAGUGAAGAUAAACAAAGUGUACAGGUAUCAUCAUCAAAUAAAACACAAUUACUAAUGCGACAAAUUAGCUUAAAAAUUGCGGAAGAUCUUAACACCAUUUGGAUACCACCAUGUUGCAAGAACCCUGUGAAAAAAACACUUUGGAACAGUAUACUUAUUGGACAGGAUAAUGCCUCUGGAAUAAAGAUUGAUGAAGAAUCAGUCAUUGAACAGAUAAUACAGUUGCAAGAGCUUAAAGUUAACAAACAAAUUCUCUUAGAAACUGAUAGAAUGACAAAUAAAUUAGUUACUGAUGGAAAUGAAAACAAACAAGAAAUAAAAGAAACUCUCAAAGAGUUAAAGGAAACAACAAUUCUAUUAAAACAGAAAUUGGAUACCCUCACAAGUGAAAGAAAUGUUAUGGAAGUAGAAUUUUCUCAGGCGCAAAAAAAUUGUGAACGUGUAGAACUGGAGUUAAAAAAUAUACAAAACAUUCUUGGGAGUAUUGGCAUUACCAAUGUUGAGUCAGAAAAUUCAGUUGACAACCUUUUAGAAAUAGUUCAUAGUAAUAUCAGUAAAAUGCAUGGUAGGGUUGAAGAAUUGACAUCAAAAAACUUAUCUUUAAAAGUGGAAUUCGAGAAAUUAAAAAAUGAAACACAAAUAGAGUUGUCUGAGAAAAACCGGUGUAAGAAAAUCCUAAUAGAUUUGAAAGAGAAGGCUAAAGGCGUUAAAGAAGAAUGUGAAAGCAAAGAAGAGCUUCGGCUUCAAUUAAAGGCAAAGUAUGAGAAACUCAAGGGUGGAAACAAAAGAUAUGUAUAUACAAAACGAAUAUUAGAAAUAAUUGGAAACGUUGAUAAGCAGAACAUAGAAAUUAAAAAAAUAUUAGAUGACACUCGCCAACUGCAAAAAGAAAUAAAUACGCUGGAAGGGCAAUUAGGGAGAUGUUUUUCCAUUGCGGAUGAAACACUAUUUAAGGAUGCGAAAAGGGAUGAUCAAGCAAAGAAAGCCUACAAAUUACUUGCACUGCUGCAUUCUGAAUGCAAUACUAUUGUAUCACUUGUAAAUGAAACUGGCACUUUAGCUAGAGACAUAGUUGAUCUUGAGGAUAAUAUCAAGACUGAGAAAUCAAAACGGACUGAGAAUAUUCUACAGAAAAUACAAACAGAUCUUGCUAAUUUACAAAAGGAAUCUGGUUGA